AUGAUUGCCGGCCUCCUCCUCGUCGCCUCUGCCUUCGGCGCCGUCCUGGACGUCACCUCGAGCUUCAAGGCCGAGCUCGCGAAGGGCAAGCCGAUGAUGGUCAAGUUCUUCGCGCCCUGGUGCGGCCACUGCAAGGCCCUCGCCCCGAAGUAUGUCGAUCUGUCUGAUGACGCUCCCGAGGGUGUGGUCAUCGCCGAGGUCGACUGCACCAAGGCUAACGAGCUGUGCGGGUCGGAGGGCAUCGAGGGCUACCCGACGGUCAAGUUCUACAAGGACAGCAAGUUUGUCGAGGAGUACUCUGGACCCCGCGAGGUCGUUGCAAUGAAGGAGUGGAUCAAGCAGAGGCUGUGA